AUGUCUCUGGUCCACUUAGGCGAUCUGAAUUCGUCUUCCGAUAGUUUUAAGAUAAAGGUCAAAAUACUCAAAAUUUGGGAUGGAUACAAAGGCAAGGGAGCAACCCCGUUGGAGAUGGUUUUAUUAUAUGAAAAGGGUGACAGAAUCCACGCUACGGUUGAUAAGGAUUGCGUUGGUGAGUUCAAAAACAAGUUGGUAGAAGAUAGGUCGGUCGUAUUGGACAGUUUUAAGGUUGAUCCUUACCAAAGUGCCAUACGCACGUCAAGAUGUUCUUUUAAGAUCAGUUUCUACGCCACUACGGGUGUUAGUCCGUGCUCUGAUUUUCCGGGAUAUGUGCCCGAAAAGUAUAUGCUGAAUUUUCAGGAUAUACUAACGGGUAAUUUGGAUAGGCGUUUUGUUCAUCACUUCAGCAGCAUUGUUUCAUCAAUCACGGAUUGCAUCCGCGUUACUCCGUUUGUUUGGACGCAAGAGGCUGAAGAUGCGUUCACAAUCAUUAAGCAUAAGCUAUUGACAGCUCCAGUUCUCAUGCUUCCCGAUUUUUCAUCCCCUUUUGUGCUCCAUUGUGAUGCUUCUAAACUUGGCAUUGGUGCGGUUCUUAGUCAGAAUGGUCGACCCAUUACUUUCUUUAGCGAGAAGUUAGCUGGUGCUCGAGGUCGUUAUAGUACUUAUGAUGUGGAGUUAUACGCUGUGGUUCAAGCAAUUAAGCAUUGGCGACAUUAUCUCUUUCAUCAAGAGUUUGUUCUCUUUACCGAUCAUGAUGCUUUAAAACUGAUGGCGGGUUUAGAUUGCCUCAAAUUUUCACAAUUUAUAAACCCAACUAAUGAGCUGCAAGUGCACAGCCGUGUUGUAGUCGGGGUCGAACACGAGGAGGAAGUGUUCUCGCUUAACACCUUCUCAACUGGACACGCAAAGGAAGAAGGGAGAAGCCAUCUUGAAGACCAGCUCGACCGUCUACUCGACCAACCGGUCGAGUUCCUCAACUCGACCGGCCAAGCUUCAACUCGAUCGAGCUGGGGAGUCAACAGUCAAACCCGAAAAUUGUUGCUUCCCCCUUGA